CGUAAGUCUUACGUUGGGCCAACAAGUAAUCAACCCAGUCCACCCACAAACAUUAGGCCCGUAAGUCCUUGUUGGGCCGUGCGGGCCACCAAUUACUAUACGGCCUUGGUUUAUGCCAUUUUCCCUUCCUCUGCUCCCACAGCCACAGAGAUGGAUAAUGUUGCAAAGCAGAGGCAGAGGAGAUCGUGGCAACUACAGAUCCUCCGGCCGAACUCUGCACCGCUGUCUUCCCUCCCAGAGUGAAGAGCAUAGCCGAGUGAAAGAGUAUCAGCGGGGAUGGCUGCAUCCACGUGCGUCUUCUCCUCCUGCUGCUACUUCCUCCCAACCGCGCGCCUGAGAAAAUCGGCGAAUCCCAUUGCGGGAAUCGGCGAGCCGGAGGAAGUCGCCGGCGAUUAUAGUUUUCUAAACUCUCGGAGCCAGAAGACGAGGAGGAUAAGGUUUGUGGUCGGGUCGAGUUCGGGCAAGAAACCCGACGAACCAUCGUCGUCAUCGAUACCGUCUUGGGCAGACCCCAAUUCGGAUGAACCGCCCCCGUGGGCUAAGGGAGAAGCCGCCGCCAAGGCGACGAACGGCGGGGAAGAAUUGAAGAUCCCAUUCUUCGCUUACCUCCUCGCCUCCGCAAUCACUGCAAUCGCCGCCAUUGGGUCGGUGUUCGAGUACGUGAACCAGAAGCCGGUUUUCGGGGUGCUUGAAUCCGACAGCAUUUUCUACGCUCCGGUGCUUGGAUUCUUCGCUUUCACGGGGAUUCCCACUGCUGCAUUCUUGUGGUUCAAAUCUGUGGAAGCAGCGAACAAGGAUGCGGAAGAACAAGACAGGAAGGAUGGCUUUCUCUGAUGUAUAUUGCAGAGCAUUGCCAUUCCCAUUCCCAUUCUUCUCCCCCAUCCAUGUCUAUUUGGGUUCAAUCUUACCGUGCCAAUUUCUUGGUCCUGCAGUUUUGUUCAUCAGCUCAUUCUUAAUCAUCCUCCAUGUUUCCAAUUACAUUCUGAGUUCUGCUGUAUCGUAGUCCCACCCAUGUCGGUGGUUAAUCUGUCCAAAAAGAAGACAAACCAAAUCCUGUACAAUAAUAAGGUGCCUGUGGGCUGCGUUCCUUCCUAUUCCUGUAUGGAUCUUGUGUGUAUAUAUAUAUAUACAUGCUUCUAUACUUUCACCUGACUGUAUUUGACGGCGCAUCAUCACAGCAGGUUUCUGAUUGUCCAACUGGAGAUCAGUAUCAACAAAGACAGUCUCGCGGCUGCUGCUGCAACUGUGGCGGAUCCCUUCUGCAAAAACCCAACAGUAAAAAGGAAAGAAAGAAAGCCAUGUUUCAACGUCCAGUUUUUGCAAACAAAUCUUCCACAUUAGUUACUGCCCUAGCAAUUGUUGUAUCUUUUAACAUUGUCGGUCGGGAAUGAAUGAGUUCGAUUUCGUUCCAAUUCCGGCAAUAUGGGUUCUUUGCCUUCAUUAUUGUUAUGGGGACAAUCCGAGUACCACAUCGGAGAUACCAAGGAGAGAACACUUGUAUAUUAGUGUCCACCUAGCCUGAUUAAUGACAGUUGGUAUCAGAGUCUGGUUCGGUUACCGGAUGUGGUACUGACGUUCACAAAAUCAAACCGGGCUCUGAUA